UUUCUUCCUACACACUAAAACCCGUCUUCUUUCUUUCUCAUUUUAAACCCAAAUUUACAAAUAUCAAUUUCUUUUCCUUCCAAAAUAUGAAGAGUUUUGUUACCCAAUCACACACCUGUUGACCUCUAUACCCUUCUUCAACUUCCACGAUUUUCUAAUUUCUUGGAAUUUGCUGCAUUGGAACCUUGUUCUUCGGUGUUGCCACACUCGGGGUUUGAUCUGUUCUUUUCUUUUUUUCCUUUUCUUUCUCUGUAAUUUUUCUCUGUGUUUUUUUUCUUCUUGUUUCUAAGUGGUUUUUUGAUCUGGCUUUGGAUCAUUUUGCGUUUUGGAGUUUUGGCUUCGGUUGGAGGAGUCGAAGUUGUUUUUUGUGUUAUGGGUGUUGUGUGGUGGGAGUUUUGGUUAGGUUCAGGGGGUUCUGUUUGAGCAUUUUGGUAUUUUGUGUGUUUUUGGGGUUAUGGAAGAGGAAGCGGGUGCUGAGAAAUUGUUGAGUAAGGGGAAAGAGGAAAAUUUUGAUGUUGAUCGAGUUUUGGAUGGGGAGGGCACUCAAGGGUUGGGGAAUCUUCAUGUAGGUGGUGAGGAAAAUCUGAAUUCGGUUUCAGUUAGUUGUGAUUUUGGGAGAGAGUUGCCGGAGUUAGAAAUCCAGAAGGGAUGUGAGGCGAGAGUUGAGGAAGUUGUGGUGGAUGUCUUUAAGGGUAGUGGGCAAAAUGCUGAAGUGGAAAAUAGGAGUAGCAAAAGGAGAAAGGUGGAUGAUGGCCACAUUGAAGGUGGAAGUAAAAACGCAGUGGACAAAGUGAAAAGAAAAUUUAUGGCUAAUAAACUACAGGGUAGUGAUCGAAUUUUGCGGUCGAGUUUUGUAGAAAAGGUAGAGUGCGAUAGUGUAGCUGCUAGUGAAGAGAAUAACAAUAAUAUGGAGGUGCAGAACUGUAGGAGCACUAGGUAUGGCAAGAAAUUAAUGAAGUUAGAGAGGCGAAGUGAAGAACAAGGAAGUGAACAACAAUUGUUCUCUGGAGAUCAGAAGGUAAAAAGAAAGCGUGGGAGACCACGAAAGACUGAAAAGGAAGUUGAGGAAGUAGUUGUUAGUCCUAAAAUAGUUGUUAGCCCUAUGAAGAAGUUGAAACGUAAGCGUGGAAGACCACCCAAGUUGGAGAGUGAAAAGAACCAUCAAUUUGUUUGUGAGUUGAGGAAUAAGAAGUUAAAAAGGAAGCGUGGAAGGCCACGCAAGAUUGAUAAGGAAAAUGACAAUUCAUUGUUUGAUGAAUUGAAUAGUGAAUUAAAUACCUUAAAACCCAAGCGUGGAAGAGGAAGACCACCAAAGUUGCAAAAAAGCAAUGGAGCGUUGAAGAAUGAGCACACUGAAGGAAGAAAGGUUAGGUUAGCGAGAAAAUUAAGUAUGAAGUUGAGAAACAAGGUGAGAAGUAAUGUGCCAACUGAUCGGUUAUCCUCAGAUAAGAGGCAUAUUAGGAAAGAAAUACACAUGAAGAAAACUUUGCAGGCUGGAAAUGAUUUAUCUCAGGAAAUUUUGGAACCAGAAGCAACACUGACAGCGAGUUCAAAGGUAAUUUCUUGUGGUGAGAAGACUAAGAAAGUGAAGAAAGUAAAAAAGCCCAAGAUCGAAGUUGAUGAAUGCAAGAGAUCAAUAGCAAAGAAUUUAUUGAGAGAGAGGAUUACUGAAAUAUUAAAAACUGCUGGUUGGACAGUUCAGUAUAGACCCAGAUUUAAUCGGGAGUACAAGGAUGCAGUUUAUGUAAGUCCAGAGGGACGAACUCACUGGUCAAUCACCCUGGCUUAUAAUGUACUUAAAAGGCACUAUGAAGAAGGUGAUGGCGAUUCCACAGUUUAUAAGACUGGUUUUAUAUUUACUCCAAUACCAGAUGAAGAAAUCAUGACACUAACAAGGGUUAGAAGAGCAGGGGGGGAGAAGGAUGGAGAAUUGAAGAAACAAAGGAGAAAUAAAAAAUUUAAAAUGAGAGGGAUCAUUGAAAAUAUGAAGUGUAAUGAGAAAGCAAGUUAUUCAAGAAGUCCAGUUUCCAAGUCCACUAAGAGAAAGAGGAAAAAAGCUAUGUUGCAUCAGGACGUUCAUAAUUCUGAUUGUAAUAAUAGCCUAGAAAAGGGGUUUCCUAGUUCAUUUCGGACACAAAAUAGACAGCGAUGUGCUUUAUUAGUUCGAAAUACAGAGGAAACUGCAGAUUCUUCCAAUGAUGGAUAUUUGCUAUAUAAUGGGAAGCGGACACUACUUGCUUGGAUGAUAGAUUUGGGGAUUUUGUCACUUGAUGAGAAGGUACAGUACAUGAACCAAAGAAAGACGCGGGUGAAGCUUGAGGGUAGGCUUACAAGAGAUGGAAUUCAUUGCAGCUGCUGUGAUGAAGUUAUUACAAUCUCAAAAUUUGAAAUGCAUGCAGGAAGCAGAGUUGGUCAGCCACUUGAAAAUAUAUAUGUACAUACUGGUUCUUCCCUCCUCCAAUGCCUGUUGGAAUCAUGGAAUAAACAAAAUGAACCACAAUGUAAAGGGUACAAUUUUGUAGAUGUUGACGUCGAAGAUCCUAAUGAUGAUACUUGUGGAAUUUGUGGAGAUGGUGGAGACUUGAUUUGUUGUGAUAGUUGCCCAUCUACGUUUCAUCAAAGUUGCCUGGAUAUUAAGAAGUUUCCUUCUGGUCCCUGGCACUGUUUGUAUUGUUCAUGCAAAGUAUGUGGACAAGUCACGAUAGGGUUACAUCCUAUGGAUGAUCAUCAUGAGGCAGCUGCAGAUGUGUUAUGUAAAUGCGAUCUCUGUGAGGAAAAAUAUCAUCCCAUAUGUGUCCAGAUGAAUAAUGCUUCUGGUGAUGACGUGAAUAACCCAUUGUUUUGCGGGAAGAAAUGUCAAAUGUUACAUGAAAGGCUACAGAGGCUUCUUGGGGUUAGGCAGGAUAUGAAAGAAGGAUUUUCAUGGACUCUUAUACGUAGAAGUGAUGUUGACUCAGAUGUUAGUCUCUGCAAUGAAGUAGCUCAGAAGAUUAAAUGUAAUUCUGAGCUUGCAGUUGCCUUGUUUGUUAUGGAUGAGUGCUUUUUGCCUGUCAUUGACCACAGAAGUGGCAUUAAUUUGAUUCAUAACAUUCUCUAUAACUGUGGGUCAAAUUUUACUCGUCUAAAUUUUAGUGGCUUUUACACUGCAAUUCUUGAAAAGGAUGAUGAGGUUAUAUGUGCUGCAUCCUUAAGGAUCCAUGGAAAUGAAUUAGCGGAGAUGCCAUUCAUUGGAACUCGUUAUAUGUAUAGGCGUCAGGGAAUGUGCCGUCGCUUUCUCAGUGCAAUUGAAUCAGUUUUGUCCUCUCUAAAUGUGGAAAAGUUGGUCAUUCCUGCAAUAUCUGAGGUAAGAGAUACAUGGAUUUCUGUCUUCGGUUUCAAACCCCUUGAUGAGACUACCAAACAAAGGAUGAGGAAAAUGAGUCUGUUGGUCUUUCCCGGUGUUGAAAUGCUACAGAAAUUGCUAUUGAAGGAUCAUCUUCCAAUGGAGUGUACAACUCUUGGAGAAGGAUCCAUAUCCAAGUCUCCUGAACUUUCAGAACAUCAAACGUUGGAGGUCGUUGCAAACUCCCCUGAAGAGAGAGGUUCUCCUUGUUCUUGUUUAAAUUCAUGCAGUGAGGGCACUGCACAAGAUGGAAUGGGGAUUUCUGGUGAUCCUGCAGUUAUUGAAUCCAGUGUCAAACCAAAUGAUAAGAUUUCGAAUGGUGAUAUUGAUAAUCCUACUAAUGAUGUCAAAGCCAAUAAUGAAGAUUUUGCUGGUAAUAAUUUGGGGAAAAGGAACCAAAAGUUUGAGAAUUCAUUGAACUCUACAUGCCUUUCAUGUAAGGAAGAUAAAGAGGCUGGCCAACACCAGACAACGUCUCUUGGUUCUACCAUUUCAGACCCUGAAGAUCGGAAGUCUGAACUAAAUGGACAAUUGGAUGGAAGCAAAGCAAUCAAUCAAAAGUCUAGUCUGGAAUUUCCCAAAGGUACUCCAAGUGUUGAUUACCAGGAAAUUGCAGCAGAAAUUGGUAUUCGAAGUGACAAACUCAAGUCUACUCAGGACGAGCAUGUAAAUCAGCCGAAGACAAUCAGCUUUAGUGACCUCCCAGAGACUAAUCCGGUACAUGAGGGACACAAGUCUACUGAGGACGAGCAUGUAAAUCAGCCCAAGACAAUCUGCUCUAGUAACCUCCCAAAGACUAAUCCGGUACAUGAGGGACACAAGUCUACUGAGGACGAGCAUGUAAAUCAGCCCAAGACAAUCUGCUCUAGUAACCUCCCAAAGACUAAUCCGGUACAUGAGGGACACAAGUCUACUGAAGACGAGCAUGUAAAUCAGCCCAAGACAAUCUGCUCUAGUAACCUCCCAAAGACUAAUCCGGUACAUGAGGGACACAAGUCUACUGAGGACGAGCAUGUAAAUCAGCCCAAGACAAUCUGCUCUAGUAACCUCCCAAAGACUAAUCCGGUACAUGAGGGACACAAGUCUACUGAGGACGAGCAUGUAAAUCAGCCCAAGACAAUCUGCUCUAGUAACCUCCCAAAGACUAAUCCGGUACAUGAGGGACAGACAGUUAUCUUUGACUUGGAAAUUGCAAAUGGUUGCGACGCCACUUUACAUAUGGAGGAUAAAACUAGUUCUCCCUCUGAAGGUGAUAGGGAUAAUGCACAUGCUGUAUCUGCUAAAAUUUCAUCUAAUUGCCAUCCAACGGAGGAUGUCUUGUCGUAGGCAGAUGUCCUACGGAUCACUGGGAUUUCAGCAAGUACCUGGGAGGAUGAUAAGAAUGAUGAUUGGAGCAUCAUCAAAUCUUCACCUCUGAAGCAGGAGAAUUGAGAUGAACUGUUUACCAAAUCAACAGGAGUCUGCUUCACAGAUUAACACAUGCCACACUGUAUAAUAGAUCACUCUUCUACUAAAACUUAGCUUCUGCUUUGGUUUUUCUUUGCGCCAUUGCGCAACUGAAUGUAGUUUUGUUGCAGUAACCUUCAGGUAUGAUUCUGUCAAACCAAGCUACUAAUAUCCUUUUGGUCUCGAACCUUUGCAUCUUCAUUGGCUACCACUACAGGAAUGCGUGUUGCAGAACUCUUUUUGCUGGCCUUACUAACCAGUGCCAUUUUUGGGAUGGAUGAUGAUAUCCACGGCCGCCUGAUUCCCCCCAAAAGAAAUAUUUUCUAGAUUUCUUUAUGGUGCAUUUUGAGUAAGUGUUUAGGGACAGGUUGAUCUUAUGUUCAUGUCAUUUAACCUUGGGGGUAAAACGGUUUGUACAUCCCGUUUUUGUUUCUGGCAUACAGUUCUGGAGAGCGCUGUAAGUUUUCUUCUUACGUUAGCAAAAUUGCCCAAAAGGGCUGUUCAUUUUGAAACCUCCUUGUUUACUGUAAAUUAAAAGUUUAAUUGCUCUAUUAUGGAAAUGCUAUUGCCUUUGUACA